AUGGCUACUAGAAUGAGCAUUGCAGAAGAGGGUGAUGACAACUCCCAUGGAGGAUCCUCCCCGCCCUUGGGCAGUGGUUCCAAUUUCGGUACCCAGAGUACCUCCCAGAAGGGUGCCACCUCAGAUACUCUGGUCAAUCCCAAUGGUGGCCCACAAAAGGAUGAUUUGGAGAAGUCAGAUUUGCCCACAGGUUCAUAUCCAACCAAGGACUACAAUAUGCAGGGCCUUGAUGAGGUAGUUGAUGUCAAGGCCGAAGCCUGGGAGCCCUUGUUGUUCCUGGUCAACAAAGGUGUCCCCAUUGUCAACUUAUGGUUCAGCAGUUUGGACCUUGUGAUCACGUUCACUGUGGACCAAAGAGCCAUCAGCUUUAAAUAUGAUCCCCAAUCAAUGGCUUGGCAUCAGCAACAGGUUUGGCUGCUUCUGCCUUCAUUCUUUCACCACCCAAACAUGGAUGAUACAGCCAUCAUCAGCACUCAUCCGGAUGCAUUCCUGACAGUCCAAUGGCUCAACAAGGACCAACUACACAUUGAGAGGGUCAGCAAUGGGCAGAAGUUCUGCUUGACUACUGAUGGAUCUUUUGCUGCACUCAUGACGCAGUAUGCCCAGACUCCAUAUUGCAAGGUAUUGGCUUGGUUCAUUGACACCACCCUCAUGGUCAUCAACUAUGACUUUGGUUGCAUUGAUUUCUACCAUGGUCUACCUGAAAUGUGUGAGGGCCCUAUGGAUGACAACUUAUCCCCGACAUGUCACAGCCAUUUGAAAGCACCUAUAUUUGCAGCCAAACUGGUUUUUGGAGAUGAAGGACCCCUCCUCACAGUGAAAUUGAACAUGUGCUUUUCAGUCUAUGUGAUCAGAGGGUUGGCAACCAGUCCAGUCCAGGGUGUGCAAGCCAGAAUAUCUUUGCAACAUGUUUGGACUGUGUACACCCAUGUGUCACCACCAGUGCCUGAGGUCUCCCACAUCACAGAUUUUGACCUUACUGAUGGCAGCAUUGAUAACAACUCUACAAUCACCCCAUAUGAUGCCACUGGUGUCAUAGUCACAUUGGAUGAGCACAAUCUGAUCCGUCAUCUGGAUUUUAUCAAAUUCCAUGGCAGAGCUAUCUACAUGGGUCGAAAGCAUUCCUGCCUAUGGAUCAAGGUCCCCUUUCACCUCCAUGUCAAGGACAUCCCAGAACCCAUCCCUGUGAACAAAUGGCAAAGUAGGCAUCCUGUUAUUGUCCAGGAUGACCAGGUAUUCUAUGUCCAUGAUGUACCUGCACUGCCAUCCUACAUUACCAAUUGUGGGUUGAACCAGUAUCUUGACAUGAAGACCUCAGUGCUGCUGGGAGAUGACUGGUAUCUCAAAUACGGUGCCUCACUCACACAAGUGACUCAGUUGGUACUGGUAUGGCCCAGCAAAGAUGCCUUUGUGUCUAUCAUCCUUGCCAAGCUUCCCGGUGGAGAUCAGUUCUUUAGAUUGGAGAGGACUUAUGAUGGAGGCUCUAUAUGGGAUAAUCUGGCCCUAGUGGCAUGGAAUGAGCCACAGUGGCAGAACUGUGUGGACACAUCACAUUUUUCUCCAACAGACAAUUCCCUGUGGGCAUUAGACUUUGACCAGUUGUCCACCAAGGACUGUGCAGAAAGUGAAUGCCAGUUGAUUGUUCAAGGUAUAAAAGGUCUUGACAAGGAUGAGGAAUUAGGCCCUCAAGCUCGGCUUGCAUGGAUAUGGUUGAGUUAUGGUGCCAUUGCACAAGCCAUCCCUUUACGUUAG